GCCAUUGAGCAGCAGAAGGGUAGAUAAUCCGCUAUGCGAAGCUUCAUAAUUGCUUCCUUUACCGCGUACAUUGGCGGCCUGAUCCUCCUUGCUGUUGCUUAGCUAUCGUUGAGCGGCUGCGACUAUGAGGUAUACUCCCAUUCUUUUGGCCCUCCUGGGCUCGCUUGCCACUAGCCAUGGCUAUGUUUUGGAUUCAUCCUGUGAUACAUAUAGAUCUACGGUGAUUGAUGUUAUGAAGGGCGCAUUUGAUCUGGCCGAGAAAGGGCGUGACGCUCUCAGUGAUGUUGCGUCUGGAAAUUCUCCUGGGGACCCUAAAGCCCAGGCUCACUCAGACUUGGUUUCCUGGCUAUUCGCUGAUAUCAAGGCAAGUAGCUCAGACCCUAACUACCAGACAGCCUUCAACAAGUUCUCGUCGGUUCUGGGAUACAACACCAACGAUGGACAGCCUGAGACAACGCCUCCUGAUUACAAAGCCCUCUCGACCGAUAAAGUUGUCAUCUUUUGCGACUAUAAGCGGUUCGCCGAGAAUAAAGAUUGCAACGGGAACCCUAAGAAGGGUUAUGUGUGCGACACGAAAAUGGGUGUUUACUGGCCAAUGAAUGAUAUAUAUAAGGAUUGCAAAAAGCAUGGCAUAUUCAGCUCGAGUGCUGUCCAGGUAAGCAAUUUUAUAUUAGCCUCUCCGGAGCACCCAAACGGGAGUUUUAAGCUGAUUCGAUGGCAGGCCUGGACGUACGAGUUCGCUAGUAAAGGAGCCCGAAAGGCGUCCGAGAUUCAGCUUUGUCCUGAUUUCUUGAAAGAGCUCCCCAAGAGUAACAUCAAAACCUUGAAGGACCAGGGUACCGAGUCCGCCCUGGCGAGGAGUUGGAAGAAAUUGUCGGACUUUCUGGACGACCCAAUGCGGACGCCAAUUGAUGUAGCAUAUACCUUUGAUGCCACUUUGCUGCACGAAAUGACGCAUGCGAUUCCGAACGCCGCAACUGCAGAUCUAGAUAAAGGCGACUGUUAUGGCUGGAAGAAGUGCAAGAAGUUGGCGAAAGCGGGCACGAACAACGCAGACAGUUACGCCAUAUUUGGCCUGGCCGCGCAAAUGAUUUCCCAACAGGGCCAGCGGCCCAUGGAAGACGGAAGUGUCAAAGCCCUCCCUGCCCCUCCAGCCAAAAGGGGCUUGUAUGGGUCUCUUUUGAGCCGAGCAGAUGAUCCGGAAGGCUUCCUCUCUUCUACCGGCAAGCCGCAUUCCACGUUCAGAACUUCAACUCGUGCUUCGUCUGGGGUGAAUAGCCUGCCCUCUUCAGGUCAACCUGGAAACAGUCCUGUUGUUGCUCCAACAAGCGGCAGUGCGUUGCCUGGAGGUCCAUCAUCCACCACGCCUCCGGCUACCUCUCCUACCAGGCCUGCUUCGACUGGUAUUCCUCCCGCUACCUCCCAAUCAUCCAACCCUGCCUCGUCUGGAAUCCCUCCAGCUGCAUCUACAUCUUCCGGCGAGCCCGUAUCUCCUAGCUCCAGUAGCAGCCACGCCGCAGCUGGCACAUCGACAUCUGAAGCUGGCCCCUCUUCCACUCCUGUGACUGCCGGGUCACCAACAUAUCCCGCUUCCAUUACGUCUAUGCCGCAAGGCAGCAGCGUGUCGACAGUCACAUCAGGAUCAUCCACUGUCCCGAUCCCAAUGACCGUGAUCGACGUGACCAACUCGGACACGACAACUCCCGUCACGUAUAUCUCUACCAAGACAAGCGUUGAUGAUGGUCAACCUACGGCCGCUUGGAUGUGCACUGGCCCACUAUGCAAUACCGGUUGCGAAGUCCCCAUAUUCUGCGACUCACCUGACCUCGGCAACUCUUGGGGUCUGUGCUGUGGCUUUUCUCCGCCAGCUCUCCCUGAUGGCACACUCCCUCCCCCAGGCGGCCCUCCCCCGCCCUAUGAUGGUGGUGACGAAACAACACCGGACGAUGCUUCUACAUCUUCCACCAGUGAAUCAACCACUGAAUCCAGUAGCGACACGAGCAGUGAAACAACUAGUGAACCAACCACUUCUUCAACGACGCCAACUACUUCUUCGAGCGGGAUAACAAGCUCUAGCACAACCUCAACAUCUGCUGAACCAGUACUUACCGAGGGACCCAUUGGUGAUAGGUUCUUGGCCUGGGAUCCUGCUAUGCCGUCGUGGUACCAAGUGCAGGAAUCAGUCCUUUCGGCGCUUAUCGCAGACACUACUGAUCCAUAUAUUACCUGGACACCUUCCGCCACAGUAUCCGCUGAUAUGGGCUCAUCCCCCAAGCCUCCUAUUACCUCGUCAACAUCUCUGAUGCCUUCAUCCACUUCUGAGUCAACUUCGUCCACACCAACAGAGACAAGUUCAUCCUCCAAGCCUCCGAUUGGCUCGCCGUCCACUCCUGUGUCGACUUCUUCUACAUCUACAGAGACAAGCUCAUCAACAACUGAGGAAAGCACAUCUUCCAACCAGCCAACUGGAUCGCCAUCUGUUCCUGUUACAGCUCCAGCCACAGAUUCUGAGACAAGCUCUCCAUCUCCUGCCACUACACCCCCUCCAUCGACAACCGACGAAUCGCCUGAUACACUGUCUUGUACGACAACUAUCUUUCCUGACAGCAACAGCGAGUAUGGCGAAGUGCUGUAUUAUACCUCGCUGAGCCACUCGAUUCUUGAUGUUUACACGUUAUCGAUGACGCUCACCACAGGGGCUGGUGACCCAACCACUCUUCAGACAGCAAUGCCUAGUGCGACGUCUAUUGAUAACGACGGAUCGUCCCAAUGCCACAACCUUAGUAAAGACAUGUGUGUGGAGGCAGCCGAAGGUUUUAAGAAUGAUGCGGAAGACUCCGAUAACCCAUACGAGCUGUUGACUGGAAGGACUGACCACCACUCGUCUGAUAAGUGGGUUGCGCUUUUUGACUACACGUGCAUAGCAGUCCUGGAGUGCGAUGACGACAGCCCGGGAAUGAGUGGAUUGCAAGCGUAUAAGGCACUCCAAGAUAUGUUCGACCAAGAUGAGACGAAAAUUGAAAAGUGCGGACAUUCUUACCUCGACAAUGGAUGUGUUGUGAGGACUGACUACCACUUUAACUAUUAAUUUGGGGUUUGGGCAUCUGGGGGUGUUAUAGGGCGUUCGCUGCCGGGUGGUCUUCCACGGGUGGUCUUUGUGAAUAUAUCAAUGAUGGAGGAGGGGGCU